UUUCAAUCCACUUCAAUCGAAACUCGAAGGUGUUUGUGAACAACCGAUUCCAUUCCGAUGCGGACAGCUUCACUCUCAGGAUGGCCGUGCGCUGCAUCCAUGGCAAAGAAGGGCAUUUCAUCUGAUGUUGCUCUCGGCCGAGUGCGACUUUGAGAAGUGCUGCGAGAGAUGGGACGAUCGUAUCACAUCGUAUACAACCGAGUACGACGGGCCCAUCUGAAUCAACUCUUUCCUUCUCGAAAGUAUGCGUCUCGUUGGAUCUCAACGACCUCACAUCUGCUUACUGAUAUUCUACAACGACCAUGCUCACCUCCUGGGACCAACGUCGACCUCCUAGUGGUUGA